AUGACAGAGGGGCAGAAAUCUUUAGUGAAGGAAAUCAACUUACCAUUGCCACAACAAAAAGAUUUUAACGGAACUGUCUUUCCUUUGAUCCUUUCUCCAAACGACAACUGUGAAAACCAAACAAGCUUUGAUUCGAUUGCAAAUGUGAUUGAAUGGGUGCAAAAAGACAAAUCUCUAAUCGAGGAUCAGCUUCUGAGAUAUGGGGCUAUUCUUUUCAGAGAUUUUCCAGUUAAUUCCCCAUCAGAUUUUGACGCCUUCGUCAAGGCCUUUCAGUACGAACCUCUACCUUACGUUGGAGGAGCGGCACCAAGAACCUUGGUAGUAGGGAAUGUAUUCACUGCAAAUGAAGCCCCACCUGAUGCUCUUAUUCCCUUCCAUCACGAGAUGGCCCAAGUACCCACUUAUCCUAACGUACUAUUUUUCUACUGCGAUAUUGCUCCCAAUGAAGGUGGAGAGACACCUCUUGUCCUGUCCCACCUGGUAUACACAAAAAUGAUGGAACUUGAAAGUGACUUUGUAAACUCUUUAAAAGAAAAAGGUGUUAUUUAUACUCGGAUUUUGCCGAACGGAGACGAUCCCACCUCCCCAAUAGGCCGUGGAUGGCAAUCCACUCACGGUACCGAAGAUAAAGCAGCAGCCGAAAAGAAAGCUCUGGAACUGGUUGGGUCAGUAGAAUGGUUAGAGGAUGGAUGCAUGAAAACCGUCACAAAAGUUCUUCCAGCAAUCCGAGAGGAUCCUCGGACUGGAAAAGAAAUGUGGUUCAACUCCAUCAUUGCCGUAUAUCGAGGCUGGAAAGAUUCUAGAAAUUCUCCAGAAACUUCCAUAACUUUUGGCGAUGGCUCCCCUAUGAAUCCAAAAACAAUGGAUACUCUUGAAAAUGUUCUUAACAACUUGGCAAUUGACUUCCGCUGGCAGAAAGGUGACGUUGUGAUGGUUGAUAACAGGCAAGCACUACAUGGGAGAAGGUCAUUUAGUCCUCCUCGACGCAUUUUGGCAGCCCUGUGUAAAUAACUAUCAA